UAGUUGAAGCCUUACAAUCCAUAGAUUGAAAACAGGUAGGUAGAAACUGGGUGUAAGUAGUUGCAAUAACUGAGAAAAAUGGCUGCUUCUCUUGCAACUUUGGUAGUCAUUGUAACCUUGUGUUUGGCCUCUGCUAAUGCUCAGCUCACAUCAACAUUUUAUGAUACGUCAUGUCCUAAUGCACUGUCUUUAAUUAAAUCUGGGAUUAAAAAGGCUCUGGCAAGUGAGCCUAGGCUGGGUGCUUCUAUUCUUCGCCUUCACUUCCAUGACUGUUUUGCUCAAGGUUGUGAUGGGUCUAUACUCUUGGACGGGUCGUCAAGUGAAAAGAAUGCAGGGCCUAAUACACAUUCUGCAAGAGGUUUUGAUAUCAUAGAUUCUAUAAAGACUCAGGUGGAAGCAGCUUGCAGUGGGGUUGUGUCUUGUGCUGAUAUUUUGACUGUGGCAGCUCGUGAUUCUGUUGUAGAACUAGGAGGACCAGCAUGGACGGUACCUCUUGGGAGAAGGGACUCCAAAACGUCAAAUCUAAAUGCUGCCAACACUAAUAUUCCUUCUCCAACUUCUAGCCUUGGCAAUUUAACUUCCCUAUUUCAAGCUCAAGGACUCUCUACCAAGGACAUGGUGGCCCUUUCAGGUGCUCAUACAAUAGGCCAAGCAAGGUGCACAGUCUUUAGAAAUAGAAUUUACAAUGACGCUAAUAUUGAUUCUUCCUAUGCCAAGUCCGUGCAAGCAAAGUGCCCCUCUGGUAAAACAGGUAACAGAAACUUGUCACCAUUAGAUGUUGUUUCUCCCACUGUCUUUGACAACAACUAUUACAAAAAUCUCAGAAAAAAGCAAGGACUUCUCCACUCUGACCAAGAGCUAUUCAAUGGAGGCUCUACUGAUUCUCUGGUGACUACCUAUUCUACUAGUCAGAGCACCUUCUUUAAUGACUUUGCAGCUGCCAUGGUGAAUAUGGGAAACAUCAAUCCUCUCACUGGUAGCAGUGGAGAAAUCAGAAAGAAUUGCAGGAAAGCAAAUUAAGUAUGGAUUGGGUUUAUCACAUUAUUAAUUCGUUUAGUAUUGCAAUAAGUUAAUAUGUUAGAAAUCUGGUACAAUCAGCCAGUUUGAUCUUUUAUGUUCUAUUAAUUUGUCAAUGUAAUAAGUGUGGGUGUGGGUGUGGGUGUGGGUGGCUUCUUGGAUAGUCCAAGAAUGGAAGAAAUGUAACGAGGUUAUGAUUUUGUUACACCAUCCGUAGCAAAGGCAUAUUCAGAAGUAAAGCAAGCAGCACCAGUUGAUCGUGAUCCAGUGCCAGUUGUUUAACAGACUUAUGCUAGUGUUGGGUUAAAUUCUAUGAAUUUAAAAUGUAUUUUGUAGCCUGCAAAGUGUUCAAAUGAAAAAGAAAAUUGCUAAAAUGUACUACAUUGUAAAUUUUAUUUUGGAAGAGCUUUGUUUUGUGAGAAAAA